CUGAAAGAUGCUAACAUCAAAGCUCAUAGGUCCAAAAGCGAUUCGAAAAAGACGAACGCUUACAAAUUCAAGAUUAGGGUUUUGUAACUCUUACUGCUCAAAGAUCUCCCAACAAGAUGAAGAGACAAUCAGAGAAAUCACAACCAUUCUCAAGCAGAAUGAUUGGGUUUCACGCAUCAAAUCAUCUGGGAAUCUCCAUCAGAAGCUAAACCCGGAUGUUGUUCAAUCUGUUCUUCAUCAAAAUCAAGAAUGUGAUCCCCGACGACUCUCUUAUUUCUUUGACUGGUCUACUACUCAAAUGGGUACUUCUCAAAAUUUGAAAUCGUUCUUCAUUCUCUCCAUGUAUUUCUGUAAUUGGAAUAAAUUGAGGAAGGCUAGUGGUGUUCUAGAUCAAAUGAUAGAAACCCGUAAGCCACUCUUGGCUGUUUUAGAUGCAAUUACAAGUGUCAGAUUAAGUUCUGUGGGGUUUUCACAGCUGAUUUAUGCUUACAAGAACAAGCAUAUGUUGGACGAAGCUGUUUCUGUACUAUUAGCUUCUGAUGGUGCUGGUUGCUUCCCGAAUUUGGUAUGCUUAAACUCUUUGAUGAGUGAUUUAUUGAAGAGUAACAAGAUGGAUUUGUUUUGGAAGGUCUAUGAGAAAUUGGCUGAGGCCAAGGUGAGCCCUGAUGUUUAUACAUACAGUAAUGUGAUUAAUGCUUAUUGUAGGAUAGGGAAAGUGGAAGAGGCUAAAAGGGUCUUUUCUGAAAUGGAGGAUAAGGGUUGCAGUCCUGGUUUGGUAACAUACAACCUGCUAAUUGGAGGGUUAUGUAGAGCUGGGCUUGUUCAUGAAGCUCUUGAUUACAAGAAGUCAAUGGCUGAAAAAGGUUUGACUCCCAGUGAGUAUACUUGCACGAUGAUUAUAGAUGGAUUAUGCAAAGCCAGGAGAUCAAAUGAUGUGAAAUUGGUUUUAGAUGAUAUGAAAAGUGCAGGUUUGAUUCCUAGUCAUGUUACUUACACUGCUUUGGUCUAUGGGUUCAUGAGAGAAGGUAAGAUAGAGGAAGCUUUAAGCUGGAAAGAUGAGAUGGUUGCCAAGAAUUGUGAACCUCAAUACACUUUGUUGUGCAUUAAUAUUCUGAUGAAGGAUUUAAUGAAACUAGAUAAAAUGGAGUUGUUUUGGAAUGCUUAUGAAAAAUUGUUGGCUACUAACUUAAAACCCAAUGAUUUUACGUAUACUAAUGUGAUUGGUGCUUAUUUGAAGGAUGGGAAGGUGGACGAAGGGAGAAAGUUGUUCAUUGAAAUGGAGGAAAAGGGUUAUCCUCCAAGUUUAGUGACCUACAAUGUGCUUAUUGGAGGCUUAUGUAGAGCUGGUUUUGUUGAUGAAGCAUUUGAGCUAAAAACUUCAAUGGCUAAGAAUGGUUUGAGACCUGAUAAGUAUACUUACACGAAUCUUAUUGAUGGGUUAUGCAAAUUGAAGAGAUCCAGUGAUGCAAAAUUGCUUUUAGAAGACAUGGCGUACGUGGGUUUAUCUCCUGACCAUUUUACUUAUACUGCCUUGAUCGAUGGGUUUUUCAAACAAGGCGAAGCAGAUGAGGCUUUUAAAUUGAGAGAUGAAAUGGUUGCUCAAGGGAUCAAGAUAAAUCUUGUGACAUUUAAUUGCAUCAUAGAUGGACUAUGCAAACUUGGUCGAUAUGAAGAGGCAAUCAAGAUUCUUAAUGGUAUGAAGGACGAAGGUGUUUUGCCGGAUGUUAUUUGCUAUAAUUCUCUUAUACUUGGUCUCUGUAAGGCCAAAAGAAUGGAGGAAGCUCGGGGUUUUUUGGCUCAAAUGGUGGAAAAUGGAGUGAAGCCAAAUGCUUUCACUUAUGGAGCUCUUAUUUUUGCAUAUAAUAAUAUAGCAGCAGUGAAAGUUGCAAAUGCUUAUUUCACAGAGAUGAUUGGCCAGGGCAUUGUGCCUGAUCAAGUCAUUUUGGCAUCCAUGAUUGAUGGUCAUUGCAAGCAAGGAAAAACAGAGGAACUCCUUUCGAUUUUGAGGAACAUGAUGGGGAGAAGUUUCCUUUCUGAAGCACAAAUUUACAAUGCAGUCAUACAGGGUUUUUGCAAGAACCAGAUGAUGGAGUUAGCAAUGAAGAUAUACUUUGAGGUUCAGGAGAAGGGUCUGAAUCUUGAUGUUUUUGCUUACACCUCUCUCAUUUCUGGGUUCAUCAAGCAAGGUGAUCUCCAGAAACCGUUCAAGUUCUUUAAUGAAAUGAAACAGAAACAUGCUCGUCCAAAUAUCGUUACUUACAAUACCUUGAUUAAUGGAGUAUGCAAGUUGGGUGAUAUUAAGAGAGCAAGGGAAUUGUUUUAUGAAAUCCCUUUGGAAGGCUUGACGUUCAAUGCUGUAACUUAUGCUACAAUUAUCGAUGGGUACUGCAAAUCAGGGAACCUUUUUGAGGCAUUCAGGUUAUUAGAUGAGAUGCCGAUGAAUGGUAUUCAAGCAGAUGAAUUGGUUUAUGGACCCCUCGUCAAUGGCUGCUACAAAGAAGGUGAUACUGAAAGGGCAUUGUUGUUAUUUGACAUAAUGGUGAAGAGAGGUUUUGCAUCUACACCAACAUUUAACAUUUUGAUCGACGGGCUUUGCAAGUUAGGGAAGCUGAGUGAAGUAAAUGCAGCGGUGAAAGACAUGCUCACUUUCAACAAUCUGAUGUUCAGUGAUGCUACAUUCUCCACAUUAAUCCAUCAUCACUGCAAAUCUGGGAUGAUUAGAGAGGCAGAACAUCUUCUGAUGGAGAUGAAAAAGAAAGAUUUGAUGCCAAAGAUCGAAGCCUACACCUCCCUUUUAUAUUCUUACAUCAAAUCAGGAGAAAAGUUAAAGAUUUUUACAAUAUUUGAGGAUUUGAUUACAAUGGGUACCAGUAAGAUUGAAGCAUCGUAUCUCUUACUUGAUGGUCUUUCUGAAGAAAAUAAUUUGGAGAAAGCUUAUGAACUUGUGGAUGAACUAUUGGAUAAGGAGCUAUGUUGCACUAGUGUUUUUGAUGGAUUAGUAGAUAUGUUAUGCAAAAAGGGAAAAUUUUCUGAAGCAUGGGCUUCUAUUGAUGAAGUGAAGAAGAGAGGGAUUACACUUGGUUUUGACACAUGUAAGACUCUGAUUGCUGGACUGAAAAAUGGUGGGUAUGAUGAUGAAUUGGCUGGGAUUCUCGAAAAAAUGGUGAGGUUUGGAUGGGUUCCCAGUUCAACAAGCAUAAACGAAUUGAUAAUGCGAGAUCAAGAAACAGAUGUGAAAGAGGUUAAUAUGUCGAAUGCAGCAGCGUCUGCUUCAAAGAUGGAGGCAGCUUGUCCAUUUCUCCACAUUAAGUUGGUUCCUGGUGUUGAAGUUGAUUAUGUUAUUGGGACCUUGGCUAUGCGCAGUGUUGAAGCUGGGUUCGAGAUUCAAGAAAUGAUGAGAUUAUUUCCUCGCAGGAAUUUUUCUGUGAUCAAGAACCGAUUCAUCUCAACUUAUCAAUCAAGAAAAUCUUCUUCCGUCAGCAUCAACAGUUCACGAAUCAAUGAGGAAACAGUCGGAGAGAUCACAGCCAUUCUCAGGAAUCGCAACUGGCCUCACCUCCUCGAAUCAUCAUCUCAUCUUCUGAAAAACCUAACCCCAGAUGUUAUUCAAUCUGUUCUUCACCAAAACCAGCGAGCUGACCCCAAUCGUCUCCUCCACUUCUUCAAUUGGUCGAUUCAUCAAACCGGUAUUCCUCAAAAUCUGAAAUCCUUCGUAAUUCUUACUAUGAUUCUCUGUAACUCGAAUCAGUCGAGAGACGCUAGUGUUGUAUUAGGGCAUAUGAUUGAAACCCGAAAGCCGGUUUCAGAUAUUAUUGAUUCAAUUGCUAGUUUUUCUGUGGAGGGUGAGGGUUUAAAGUUUGGGGCUCUGGUAUACGGGAUGUUGAUUGAUGCUUAUAAGAACAAAGGCAUGUUGAAUGAAGCUGUUCAUGUUGUAUUAGGAAUCAACAGUAGUGGGCAUUUUCCAGAUUCAGCGUGUGUUAAUUCUGUCAUGGCAAAUUUACUGAAAUGUCAUAAGAAGGAGUUGUUUUGGAAGGUUCAUGAGAAAAUGGUUGAGUUGCAGAUUGUUCCUGAUGUUUAUAUAUACACUAAUUUGAUUAGUGCUUUAUGUAAAGAUGGAAAGGUGAGUGAUGCCAAAAGGGUUUUUGUAGAAAUGGGGGAAAAGGGUUGUAAUCCAAGUUUAGUAACAUACAAUGUGCUUAUUGGAGGAUUAUGCAGAGCUGGGCUUAUUGAUGAAGCUUUUGAGCUUAAAAUAUCAAUGGCUGAAAAGGGUUUGGUUCCUGAUCGAUAUACUUAUACGAUGCUCAUCGAUGGAUUGUGUAAAACGAAGAGAUUGAAAGAAGCGAAGAUGGUUCUUGAAGAUAUGUCCAAGGUAGGUGCUUUUCCUGACCAUGUUGCUUACAGUGCAUUGAUUGAUGGGUUCAUGAAACAAGGCUGUGUAGAUGAGGCUUUAAAGUUGAAAAACGAGAUGUUUGCUAGCGGAUUUCGGUUAAACGUUGUGACCUACAGUUCUAUCAUAUCUGGGCUCUGCAAAGCUGGUCGGUUUGAAGAAGCGACUGAGAUUAUAUUGGGAAUGAAGGAGAAAGGUACUUCUCCUGAUGUUUAUUGCUAUAAUUCCCUUAUAAUCGGCCUUUGUUACAAUAAACGGAUGGAAGAAGUGCAGUCUUUAUUAGCUCAAAUGAAGAAUAAUGGUGUAAAGCCGAAUGCUUUCACCUAUGGAGCCAUUAUUGGUGGGUAUAGUAAGAAACCGGAAAUGCAGGUUGCAGAUAAGUACUUUAAAGAGAUGAUUGGUAAUAACAUUAUGCCGGAUCGUGUAAUAUUUACCUCCAUGAUCGAUGGCCAUUGCAAACAGGGCAACACAAAGGAAGCUUUCUCGAUAUUUAGAAGUAUGCUCGGAAGAAAUAUUCUUCCUGAUGUGCAUAUGUACAGUGUACUGAUCAAUGGUCUUGCAAGAAACGGUUUAAUGGAGAAAUCACUCGAGGUUAUGUCUGAACUCAUGGCCAAAGGUCUGAAUCCUGAUGUAGUCACUUACACAUCUCUCGUUUCUGGGUUCUGUAAGAAAGGCGAAAUGCAAGAAGCGUUCAAUAUGGUUGAUGAAAUGAGUCGGAAAGGGGUUAGUCCAAAUAUCGUCACUUACAAUAUCUUGAUCAGUAGACUAUGCAAGUCGGGUGACAUCAAGAAAGCUCGGGAGUUGUUCGAUGGGAUUUCUUGCAAGAAUUUGAUACCCGAUGGUGUGACUUACGCUACGAUGAUCGAUGGAUACUGUAAGUCUGGGAAUUUAUCUGAUGCUUUCGUGUUAUUCGACAAAAUGGAUCAAAAUGGAGUUAAACCAGAUUAUUUUGUAUACAACGCCCUUGUAAAUGGGUGCUGCAAAGAAGGGGAUCUCGAGAGGGCAUUAUCGUUAUUUCACAAGAUGGCAGAGAAAGGAUUUGUUUCUGCACAUACGUACAACACUUUGAUCGAUGGGUACUGCAAAUCAGGGAAGCUGGUGGAAGCGGAUGAAUUGUUGAAAGAUAUGAUUGAUAAGCAAAUAAAGCCUAAUCAUGUCACCUUCACAAUCUUAGUCGAUUGCUACUGUAAAGCCGAGAUGAUGGAAAACGCAGAAGAUCUUUUCAUCGAGAUGCAAAAUCGGGGUUUAAAGCCAACGAUUGUAACCUACACUUGCUUAGCUCACGGUUAUAUUAGAUCUGGAAACAAACCGAAGAUGGUCUCCAUCUUGGAGGAGAUGGUGGCAAAGGGUAUUAGCUUGGAUAAUGUAGUGUACAACAUGUUGGAUGAAGAUCAAGAUAGUUUGGAGAAAUCUUUUAUGCUUUUAGAUGAGUUGUUACAAAAGGGUUUAUCGGGUCAAGAUAUUUAUGACCGAUUGGUCGAUGGGUUGUGCCAAAAAGGGAAAUUCUCCGAGGCAGUGGCAUCGAUCGACGAAAUCGGGAGGCGUGGGGUUAUGCUUAGCUUUGCUACAUGUAACACUCUAGUUAACAGUUUACAUAGUGCAGGAUACAAGAAGAAGUUAGUCGGAGUUUUGGAAAGUAUGGAAAGUUUCGGUUGGGUUCCACAAUCGUCGAGUUUAACCAACUUGAUUGAUCAGCACGGACCCGAUGCCGAUUGGGAAAAAGACGGAAUCAAUCUACCAAAGCAAGUUGUGUGAAAGUUUCGGUUUUUGGGUGCAAUCUUCGCUCAAGAAAGUUGAAGUUGCUGCCAUUGCGACCAUGAAACUUGGUCAUGGCACUACUUUGGUAUGAAUGGCAUAAUGGUUAUUACAUUCGAUUCAUCGGGACAAUUUGGUCAAGACUCAACGAACUAGUACUCGGGGAAAAGGUGAAACUCAUACAUCUCAAGCGGAAUAUAUUAAACGUAGCUGUCUUUUCAUUGUUAGAGAAAAUUGUAGAAUAGCAAGCAAAGAGUCUUAACGGAAACAGCCUUUCUAUUCCAAGGUUUGUAUACAUUCUACUCUCAGACCCUACCUCUGUGUGGGAUUUAUCCAUUCGGUAUGGUUUUAGAAAAUUGUUGAAUAGAUGGAGCUCAUCAUCA